AUGCGAUGCGCGAGCAAGGCCGCCGAGAGCGCGUCCGCACGUCUCUGUGCGGACGCCGAAGCAGAAACAACAGCAACUGAUGUCUCAUCGGUUGCUGAAGCGACUCAGCCUGUGUCAUUUGGUGAUGCAGGCGCUGGUCAUGAAGACACUCAUGUCUUCACAGAGCAUGAGCUCGGUGUCUCAUACUCUCCUGAUACGGAAGACGGAUCCGUAUCGACGGCGAUUGAAUCUAAGCCGCCUGCCAAGCGUGGCAUGGAUGAUGCUAUGCGUCUUAGCAUUUUUGGUUCAUCUGAUGAAUCAGAUGAACCAUCGCCGAAGCGAAGGCGCUCGAGGUCGCGAGACUCGGGCGCCAACAGUGGUGUCGGUUCUCCUUUGACACCACUUAGCAACAAGGUACCAGUGCUUCUGUCGGCACGUCGCAGGAAGAGCGGGACCGCAAUGUGUUGCGUCUCGCUCCUGAGAAGAAGGCAUGGAUGCCUCCAAAAUCCGUCAUGGAUCACUUGUCGGCGACGACGAGUGAUCGUUAUCGAACACGAUUGUUCGAUUCGUCAAGGAUCCAUCACCUUGACCACAGCGCGAAAAACUAUCGCGCUGAACAUGAAUUCUUCAUCGAUGCUUUCUUCAAACAUCGAUGGUACAGUGGGAAUCACAAACGUGAUGGUCCCUCACUACUUCAAGCGUGGAACGCCUACAUCCAUAACCUCGUGGAUGUAG